AUGGCAAAUACAAGGAUCAUGAAUCGUGGAGAAGAAGUUUCAGUUUCAAUCCCUAAUGAUCUCGUUUUCGAGAUAUCUUCGAGAUUGCCUGCAAAGUCAGUAGGGAGGUUUCGUUGCGUGUCGAAGCAAUGGGGUUCCAUGCUUCGCCGUCCAGAUUUCACAGAGUUGUUCUUGACCAGGUCACGAGCUCGUCCACGUCUCUUAUUCGCCAUCGAAGGACCAGGCAACAAUUGGAGCUUCUUCUCGUCGCCUCAGACUCAGAAUCCACAUGAUAAGUGUUCUUCUCUUCUAGAUUUUCACAAGCAGUUCCCUCGAGACAAUCUGAUCACUAGUAGUCGUGAAGAUUCAUUUGGUUAUGCCUCUGGUUUGAUUUAUCUCCCUGAUAUGUGGUUCCCAAAGGAGAAUGACACUAAGAGUGUGAUAUGUAACCCUAUCACGGGACAGUAUUUGAUCUUACCUGAACUCAUAAGGCACGAUAGUUCGCGUAGCUUUUUAGGGUUUGAUCCGACUGACAAGCAACACAAGGUAUUGUUCAUCACUUGUCUAUCUCAUGGUCAUAAGAUUCUGACAUUAGGAACUGGAAACCCUAUGCGGUGGAGGAAGAUCAAAUCUCCCUUAGCCCAUGAGCCUGAAAGUGAAGGGAUAUGCAUCAAUGGGGUUUUGUAUUACUUAGCUUCAACCAAGGUCUUGGGUGAAUUUGAUUUUAAAUGGUGUAUGAAGAUAGCUUGCUUUGAUGUUAGGUCUGAGGAAUUCAAGUUUAUUGACGAUAAAUCAUUUCGUUCUUCGGAUGAUAUUACUAGUUUGAUAAACUAUAAGGGUAAAUUAGGUGUGCUUCGUCGGCGGCGUAAUGCCAUUAAGUUGUCUCUGUGGGUUCUAGAUGAUGUCGAGAGACAAAAAUGGUUGAAUUAUGUCUACACUAAGCCUAAGAAGCAAGCUCUUAUUGGAGUGACUGGUACAGGUGAAAUGGUUUGGUCGAUGAACUAUACAUGUAAACCGUUUUGUGUAUACUACCGCAAUCCCGAAGGGAAGCCUCGCCAAACUAUUGAAAUCAAAGGUGUUGGAGCUAACUAUGAAGAAGUGUUUGGUACUAGUUGCAGAGUUCACGCUUUUAUAGACCAUGUAGAGGAUCUCAGUUUUAUGAAAUAA